AUGCCACCGAAGGCGCUGUCGAGGUUCACCGAGCGCGGCGCAGGCGGCUGCGACCCUGAGAGUGCGCAGCGGCCGGGCGGCCAGAAACUGUGCCAAGCAGCCAUCCGCCGAAGCGAGCGCGCCGGCGGCGCAACCUACGACUCGAAUGAAUGGUGGGAUGCGCGCGCGGCGGUUGAGGAGGAGCACGUUGACGAGGAAGAGAGAGGUCCAGACUCCUCCUCGCGCUGGCUGAGGCUCGCGGGCUGCGACGUGCUGCCUGCGCCUCCCGGCGCUCCUUGCAAUGGCGUGAUCCACUUUGUCGGCGGCGCGCUUGUCGGCAGCGCGCCGCAGCAGGCCUACGGUCCAUUCCUAGAGGGCGUGUCGGACGCCGCGGGCGUGUGCAUCGUGGGGACGCCAUGCACCGGCCUCGAGACGGGCCUCGAUCACUGGCAGGCCGCUUCCGAGAUCCUCCUCCUGCUCGGCUCGGACGCGCGGCUCGCCGAGGCGAUCGGCCCGCGCCGCGCCAAUGUGCUCCUGAGCUUCAACAACUUUCCGGCUCGGCAGAGCGUGCCGCUGCUCGAGCAGGCUGUCGGUCUCGGGAAGGACAGUGGGCCGGUCGGCGCUCUCGCACGCUUCGGCGCGCAAAACGCCGCGGCGGUGCUCGCGGGGAACGCGGGCCUCGGCGAGGCGCUCGGCGCCGGGGCGAGCAGCGGCUUGCGCGGGGCGGCGAGCGCCGUCCGGCAGGGCGACUUUGGCGAGAGGCUGAGCAGCGGGCUCGGGGCGCUGGGCGUUGGUGGCGUGAGCGGCGGCGGGGUGGCGUCCGACCUGGCGGGUGGGCUCGACCAGCUCGCGAGCGGUCUCGGCUGGGCGAGCGAGCUCCUCGGCGCCACGAGUCAGCGGGCGGCGGAGGCUGCCGCUCCCGCCUCCACUGGCGGCCUCCCGCUCGACGACGAGUUCACGCCCGGUCCCGCGGAGACGGACGAGGCGGUACGCCGCAGGUACGGUGUCGGCCGGAAUCUGCUCGUCCGCUUUGCUGACGACGGCAUCGACCAGAGCAGCGGCCUCGCGCGCCUUCUUCAGUCGCGUUUCACCGACGAGGUGACGGGCAUCGGCGGGCGGCUCGACUUCAGGAAGCUCGAGGGCACGCACGUGACGCCGAACGCGCCUCGGCUCCCCAGCGACGCCGAGAUCAGGCGCAUCCUGUCGGCGGCGGGCAUGCCUCUAGACCUCGCAGACGCGGUGGGCGGCAUCCGGGAGGUAGCGUCCAAGGCGGCACGGGAGCGCGAGACGGCGAGCAAGACUGUCGCGGAUUUUGUGCAGUCGGAGACGCAAAAGGCGAGGGAGGGCUGA